AUGGAACGAACAAAUACCACAGCAUUUAAAUUUUUUUCAUUAGGAGGGAGUAAUGAAGUUGGACGAUCAUGCCAUAUACUGCAAUAUAAGGGUAAAACGGUAAUGCUUGAUGCAGGAAUUCAUCCAGCGUACCAAGGGUUGGCUUCAUUACCUUUUUACGAUGAAUUCGAUCUUUCCAAAAUUGAUAUCCUGUUGAUUUCGCAUUUUCAUUUGGACCAUGCUGCUUCACUCCCAUAUGUGAUGCAAAGGACAAACUUUCAAGGCAGGGUUUUUAUGACACAUCCAACAAAAGCCAUUUACAGAUGGCUGCUGCGAGAUUUUGUAAGAGUUACCAGUAUAGGUUCUUCAUCCUCUUCCAUGGGAACCAAAGACGAAGGACUUUUUUCUGAUGAGGAUCUGGUUGAUUCCUUUGAUAAAAUUGAAACGGUAGACUACCACUCAACUGUGGACGUUAAUGGUAUUAAAUUUACGGCAUUCCAUGCAGGCCAUGUUUUGGGUGCAGCAAUGUUUCAAAUAGAGAUUGCUGGCCUGAGGGUGUUAUUUACAGGUGAUUACUCAAGGGAAGUCGAUCGUCACUUAAAUUCUGCUGAAAUACCUCCACUUUCAUCAAACGUAUUGAUUGUGGAGUCUACCUUUGGUACCGCCACUCACGAGCCCCGUUUAAAUAGAGAAAGGAAGUUGACCCAGUUAGUCCAUUCUACAGUAAUGCGAGGAGGCCGUGUCCUACUACCAGUUUUUGCUUUGGGGAGAGCUCAAGAAAUCAUGCUUAUACUGGAUGAGUAUUGGUCCCAACAUGCUGACGAACUUGGUGGUGGACAGGUUCCGAUAUUCUAUGCGUCAAAUUUAGCGAAAAAAUGUAUGAGUGUCUUUCAGACCUAUGUAAAUAUGAUGAAUGAUGACAUUCGAAAAAAAUUUAGAGAUUCUCAGACUAAUCCUUUUAUAUUCAAAAAUAUUUCUUAUCUAAGAAACUUGGAAGAUUUUCAAGAUUUCGGUCCCAGUGUUAUGUUGGCGUCACCAGGUAUGCUGCAAAGUGGUUUAUCAAGAGAUUUACUAGAAAGGUGGUGCCCUGAAGAUAAAAAUCUAGUAUUAAUUACGGGUUAUUCCAUCGAAGGAACAAUGGCAAAAUUCAUUAUGCUUGAACCAGACACAAUACCUUCUAUAAACAAUCCUGAAAUAACUAUUCCAAGACGUUGUCAAGUUGAAGAAAUCUCCUUUGCUGCCCACGUUGAUUUUCAAGAAAACUUAGAAUUCAUUGAAAAGAUCAGCGCACCAAAUAUUAUCCUUGUUCAUGGGGAAGCGAAUCCAAUGGGUCGUCUGAAGUCCGCACUAUUAUCCAAUUUUGCAUCUUUGAAAGGCACAGAAAAUGAAGUUCAUGUUUUCAAUCCCAGAAACUGUGUAGAAGUGGAUCUUGAAUUUCAAGGUGUCAAGGUUGCAAAAGCUGUAGGAAACAUUGUAAAUGAGAUAUAUAAAGAAGAGAGCAUAAAUAUAAAGGAAGAAGCUGCUGUAAAAAUUGAACCUAUAAAAGAAGAAAAAGAAGAAGAUUUAGAUUCCGGAAGUGGAAAAGAUUCAGAUGAUGUAGAUGAACAUAAGGAUGUAGUAGUUUCCGGAAUCCUGGUUUCAGAUGACAAAAAUUUCGAAUUGGACUUCCUUUCUUUGUCUGAUUUAAGAGAACAUCACCCUGAUCUUUCAACAACAAUAUUAAGGGAGCGCCAAUCAGUUCGUGUUGAUUGUAAAAAAGAGCUUAUUUACUGGCACAUUCUGCAAAUGUUUGGUGAGGCUGAAGUUCUUCAAGACGACGAUAAGGUGACAAACCAGGAACCAAAGUUUAAGCGAGAAGAAAAUAAUGACCGAAUUAAUAAUGGUAAAUUGAUCUUACAGAUAAUGGGGGAUAUUAAACUAACUAUUAUUAACACUCUAGCUGUUUUAGAAUGGACUCAAGAUUUGAUGAAUGAUACUGUAGCUGACUCCAUUAUUGCGAUAUUAAUGAAUGUUGAUUCCGCCCCAGCCAGUAUAAAGCUUUCGAGUCAUUCUUGUGAUGAUCAUGAUCAUAAUAAUGUAGAGCUUUAUGAAGAAAGUGAGAUUGAUGAAGUUGCGAGAGCGAAGCAAAUUUCAAGGUUAUUCAAAGAACAGUUUGGUGACAGUUUCACUUUACUUCUCAAUAAAGAGGACUGUGCAAGUAACGGAGAUACUAUAAGUGGAGUUAUUACUAUCGGUAAAAACACAGCCAAAAUUGAUUUCAACAAUAUGAAAAUUGUGGAAUGUAAUUCAAACCCAUUAAAAGGCAGAGUAGAAAGCCUCCUAAAUAUCGGUGGUAAUUUGGUCACACCGCUUUGUUGA